GGUAAAAGUAAUCUUCAACUCGAUCUAAUAAUAAUGUAAUAAAGUGAAAGAAGCACCGCACCAACAUUCUCAGCCUUCACUCAACGCGUAUAGUGAAAAAACGAGACAAGUCCAUUUGCUCUUAAUCAUGAUUUUCCAUACUACCCCCAUAACCUUUCCUUCCAACUUAUUUAUUACUUUCCGUUCAAAAGAAAUUAUACUCACUCAACACCAUAAAAUAUUUUCGAAUCAUGUUGAAUAUCAUCAACUUUUGACCACCCAAAUCAACCCUUCGCCGAUACCAUACUAUUGAUUGAGGGAACAAUCAAGUCAAUCUAUCAUUCCUGACAAAUUCAAGAACUCACCAACCCAAUUUUGCGACCGACAGUUCAGAGUCUUCCACGUCCCACAGCCUCAACGACACCUUCACCAUGGCUUCCGCAAGCAAACCUGCCUCCACUACCUCUGCACCACGGCGAAAGUCGUCGGGUCCAAAAGAGAAGAAUACUCUCAUCAUCAUCCUCAAAUUAUCUCCUGAGAAGUUAAGGAGUGUUGGUCAACCUUUGAUCAAAGAAGACACUCCAUCAAAGGAAUCUACAUCAACAAUUCCAACUACUAUACCCGUCGCAACGAGUCAAAAUGGUGAUGUUCCCACCGAGUCAAAUUCAAAUACUCCUGCACCGAACGGCACUGUUACACCCGUUCCAUCAUCGAUGCCUCCUCCUACGGAAGCAAUCAAGAAGAAAGGUGGUGUGAAGAGAAGUUCUACUGCCGCCUUAGGAUCAGAAUCAACUCCUAGGGUUAGAGGCAAACCAGGUCCAAAGAAGAAAGCAAGAUUGUAAGUACAUUUCACUCCUUCUCUAUCAUGGAUCUCCAGCGUGAUAGCUUUUCUCGGUCGCCCUUGGGGCUUUUGUUUGAGAAACUUCCACAUAUCCGUACUUCUGAUCAAUUACAUAAACUAACUUCAAUAAAGGGAUGAUGGCACAAUCGACCCGACAGGCAAUACUCCAAGAGCAACCAAUGCAAAUGGCACUUCUCAUAGGCUUGGACCCAAGGCCAAUCAAGGCGCAAUCAAUGCUGGUUUACGUGCACUCGAUCGUUCUGGCAAACCCUGUCGCAAGUGGGAGAAGCGUUCUUUCAUCAUCAAGACAUUCACGGGCAUCCCUAUCGAAAUACCCCGAUGGAGAGCCCCCCCUAAAGUAGCCAUCAAUCACAGCACCGAAGGUUCAUCAACUGGUGAUAGCAGCAAGGAGAACAAGGAUAACAGCCAGGUUGAAAGUGAGAAGAGCAAUAGCGCGAUGGAUGUUGAUGCUACCCACCUCGCUAGCUCUCCUGCCCCUGCCCUUACGCCCGCUCUUGUCCCCGCUCCUCAAGCUGAAGCAAAAGCUCAGGCUCAAGAUCAGCCCUCUGCGGUUAUCACUGCUUCCGCCUAGAACGUUCCACUACUCUUGAUCUUUUAUCCUUUUGUAUUAGAAGCCAGGUCCUGCCCGGCGGACCUCCUUUUCUCUUUAAUGGGCGAUAUCUUCAUGGAGCCGAGUUCCAGAGGAACCCUACUGCUUCAUCACUACAGCAGUAUAUUGUAUAAGAAUUUAUUUUGCCUCAAUCUGGUGGAAUUAGGAAAAUUUGGGGUGGGGGGGGAGUUGAGGACGGCAUAGGAUGGAAUGGAAAUAAAUCCCGCUUAGGGCAAUGGUGUUUUCGGCGUUUCCUCGAAGAAGAGGGGGGCUCAAUGUAGCAUAUUGUGUGUGGCCUGUGGGCUCACGUAUCAUUCCCCGAACAAUUCAAGACCAUUAGUACUUUUUGAUUUCACUAUCCGGUCAAAGUCGUCAAAGUUUGAUCUCUACGUUCUCUAUCAUUACUUCUCAACCAGUUCAGAGUUGCUCCAAUUGUGAAAAUCUGCCGCUAAAGUCUACUUGAUCUCAGUAC